AUGAGUGAGGCGGAGUCGCUGGGCAGUAGCAGCGGCUCAGAUGAGAUCGCGUUCUCGCAACUGCUCGCGUCAGUGGCACGCCCAAUUCCGCAGCCCUUCGCGUCGUCGCCAUGGGGCUCAGCUGUCUCGCAGCCCAUGUUGGGCGGUUCAUUCGGGCUGGCACCGACCCCUCCGCCCAUCAAUGACCAGGUGGUGAAGUGUCCGCUGUGCCAGGAGCCGUUCCGCGAACCGAAGGUCCUCGCGUGCUUCCACUCAUUCUGCAAGGCUUGUCUCGAACGACAGAUUGACUCUGCUGAACGCAUUGUUUGCCCGCAGUGCCACAUGGAGACACAACUAAGCGUACAACUCGGCCUUGACUCCCUCCUCUCCGACUAUGGACUUGAGGCAGUCCUAUCUCGCCCUAACAUAAUUGAUGACAAAGGAUUGCUUUUUGGCUCUCCUAGUUCCACUUCAUCAUCUCCUCCCCUUUCUGACUCACCAUGUGAUCAGAAUUCUAACACAACCAACCGCUCGGCUUGUACUGGAUGCAAGUCUGGUGAGCGUGCAUCCCAUUACUGUCAAGAGUGUACUCACUAUCUUUGCACCAACUGCACAAUGGCUCAUCAAUACAUGCACUGCUUUGAGGGACACCGCGUCGAACCAAUUUGCCAGGUUCAGCCGUCGAUGCCACCGUCUAGUGCUGCUUCGGCGCACGAGCGAUCUUGUAAAUGCUUGCAACAUCGUGCUCAGCCGUUGCGCUUCUUCUGCCUAACAUGUAACUUGGCGAUUUGCCGCGAAUGCACCCUGGUCGAACACGCCCAACCUGCGCAUCAGUACGAACCCAUCACUGAGGUUGCCGACAAACAACUCAGUACGAUGGAGAUGCUGGUGAAUGAAGCGCGCAAUAAGCACAUGGAUCUCUUGGAGAUGUUCAAACAGGUUGACGCAUCUCAACAACGAUUAAGUGCUAGUCUAAGCCGAGCUCACUCACAGCUGGACGAAAACGUCAAUGCUUUGGUGCGUAUCAUUGAUGAGGCGCGUAAGUCUGCAGCCAAGGAAAUCGAUACUGCGUUCUCUGCCAAACAGAUACAACUAACCAUGGUGGAUAAACGUAUUCAACAAAUGACUGAAAAACUCAGCCAAACGAUCGACUUCACCACGAGGCUUGUAAAGUAUGCGUCGCCUACCGAAGUUAUGGUGUUCAAACAGCUUCUUGAUACCAGGCUCCACCUGUUCCUCGCUUUCAAUCCUGAUGCCUCGAAUGCUCUCGGGUCAUCAUGUGAACUGGAGCUUCCUCCCCUGAACCUCACGAAUGCACGUCAAGCCAUUCAAGGCUUAUUCGGACAAGUUCGUGGUGGAGCAGCUGAUUGGAGCGGACAAGCUAGUUCACAGACAGGAAUGCCCCCAACUCCCAUCGGAAGACCACCGAGCAGACAGGAUGCAUGUGGGUUACCGGUCUACAACCAUUAUGACAAAUGGUCGAUCGGAGUAGAGCCCAGCCUCGGUAUGCUUGAGCCUGGAAAUAUCGAGGACGAAAAAAUGGGCCCACUGUAUCCACCCAGCCGAUCUCAGAUAAGUCGUCAGAAGAUGAUUUAUCAUUGCAAGUUCGGCGAGUUCGGUGUCAUGGAGGGUCAAUUCACCGAGCCUUCCGGUGUAGCCGUCAAUGCCCAGGGUGACAUUGUUGUUGCUGACACGAACAACCACCGCAUUCAGGUGUUCGACAAAGAGGGGCGGUUUAAGUUCCAGUUUGGUGAAUGCGGCAAACGGGAUGGGCAAUUGUUAUAUCCUAACAGAGUGGCGGUGAACAAAAUGACCGGCGAUUUUGUUGUAACUGAGCGAUCUCCAACACACCAAAUACAGGUGUAUAACCAAUACGGCCAGUUUUUACGGAAAUUCGGAGCCAACAUUCUUCAACAUCCCCGUGGUGUUUGUGUUGACACCAAGGGCCGGAUCAUCGUUGUGGAGUGCAAGGUGAUGCGAGUGAUCAUUUUCGACAUGUUCGGAAACAUCCUGCAGAAGUUCAGCUGCUCGCGCUACCUCGAGUUCCCUAAUGGAGUGUGUACAAAUGAUAAGAACGAGAUCCUCAUUUCCGACAAUCGUGCUCAUUGCAUCAAGGUGUUCUCCUACGAGGGACAGUUCCUCCGUCAGGGAUUACCAAUUAUCCAAUUCGGUGUGGCCAUCAAUGCAAUGGGUGACGUCGUUGUGGCUGAUAAUCAUAACAAUUUCAAUCUCACUGUGUUUUCUCAGGAUGGCGCUAUGAUCGGUGCUCUUGAAUCCAAAGUCAAGCACGCCCAGUGCUUCGAUGUGGCGUUGGUGGACGAAACCAGUGUUGUUUUGGCAUCAAAAGACUACCGCCUCUACCUGUAUCGUUUUCAACGCAGUGCUGGUGGUAAUCAGCAGUAG